AGGGCCCACCCAACAAAAACGAAGGAUGAAAACAAACGGUAGAUGAAGGCAGCAUAUAGGAACCAACCGAGAUCUAAACUCAUCACCGCAACACACUCACAAAUUGAAACUGGAAAGCUCUGCUCUACUCUACCGCAAGAGUCCUUCCAAUUUCAACAACACAUAUUCCCCAAUUCCACCGCAGUUGUCUUCUCCUACUCAACUAUACACACAGCUGUCUGUAUCUAUAUUCCCGGCCAGUUAGUUGAGACGUGAUUGUACUGAUUCCGCCAGCUGAACAAACCGAUUAGGGUUUGUGAUUAAGCGAUCAGACUUGGAGAUGAUUUCGAAUCAUCUUCAUAACGGGAUGGAGAGCGCCAAGCUCAUGUGGUCUCGCUUGCCUAACUCUGAAGACGCUGAUUUUGAAGGUCUUAGUCCGUCGGAGAGUAGUGGUGCUGGUGGUGGCGGGAGUGUUGAGAGUCUUGAUUACGAAGUUAUUGAAAAUUAUGCUUACAGAGAAGAACAGGCGCAAAGAGGGAAGCUGUAUGUCGGGUUUUAUGUUGGUGUUAAGUGGUUCUUUGCCCUGCUUAUUGGUGUUGGCACCGGUUUAGCUGCUGUAUUUAUCAAUAUAUCUGUUGAAAAUUUUGCUGGAUGGAAAUAUUCGUUGACUUUUUCAAUAAUACAGAAGUCAUAUAUCGCUGGUUUUAUAGUUUUUGUACUGAUCAACUUGGCAUUAGUGUAUUCAUCUGUGUAUAUAAUUACGCAAUUUGCACCAGCAGCUGCAGGGUCCGGUAUUCCUGAACUCAAGGGUUAUUUAAAUGGAAUUGACACUCACGGGAUCCUUCUUUUCCGAACCUUGAUUGGGAAGAUAUUCGGAAGUAUCGGUUCAGUUGGAGGAGGUCUAGCCCUUGGUAAAGAAGGACCUCUUGUUCAUACUGGUGCAUGUAUUGCAUCUCUGCUUGGACAGGGUGGAUCCACGAAGUACCAUUUAAGUUCAAGGUGGCUGCAAGUUUUUAAAAGCGAUCGGGAUCGGCGUGAUCUUGUAACCUGUGGAUGUGCCGCUGGUGUAGCUGCUGCAUUCAGGGCUCCUGUGGGUGGUGUAUUAUUUGCAUUGGAAGAAGUGACAUCUUGGUGGAGGAGUCAACUUAUGUGGCGUGUCUUUUUCACUUCUGCUAUUGUGGCUGUUGUGGUUCGUACUGCAAUGGGUUGGUGCAAGAGUGGGAAGUGCGGACAUUUUGGCUCUGGAGGCUUCAUAAUUUGGGAUGUCUCAGAUGGUCAAGAGGACUACUCGUUUGUGGAGUUGCUGCCAAUGGCAGUUAUUGGUGUUAUUGGUGGUCUGCUAGGAGCAUUGUUUAAUCAACUGACACUUUAUUUAACUCAUUGGCGCCGAAAUUACCUGCACAAGAGAGGAAGUAGAGUCAAGAUGAUUGAAGUAUGUCUUAUUUCUGUGAUAACAUCUGCCAUUUCGUUCGGAUUACCACUUUUUAGAAAGUGCACCCCAUGCCCUGAAGUGGAUGUCAAUUCUGGUAUUGAGUGCCCUCGUCCUCCAGGAAUGUAUGGCAAUUAUGUAAAUUUCUACUGUAGCAAUGACAAGGAAUACAACGAUCUAGCAACCAUCUUCUUCAAUACCCAGGAUGAUGCCAUUCGAAAUUUGUUUAGUGCGAAAACUAUUCACGAGUUCAGUGCACAAAGCCUGCUGACCUUUUUGGUUAUGUUUUAUUCCUUAGCAGUGGUGACUUUUGGUACUGCUGUUCCAGCUGGUCAAUUUGUCCCUGGCAUAAUGAUUGGGUCAACCUAUGGGCGUCUUGUAGGCAAGUUUGUAGUUAGCUUUUACAAGAAGCUGAACAUCGAAGAAGGAACGUAUGCUCUCCUUGGAGCUGCUUCUUUUCUUGGAGGCUCAAUGCGAAUGACUGUCUCCCUCUGUGUCAUUAUGGUUGAGAUUACAAACAAUUUGAAGCUUUUGCCUCUUAUCAUGCUUGUGCUUCUUAUAUCAAAGGCUGUUGGAGAUGCUUUCAAUGAAGGGCUGUACGAAGAACAAGCUCGAUUGAGGGGAAUUCCUUUACUUGAAUCAAGACCCAAGUAUCAAAUGCGGCAAAUGACAGCAAAAGAAGCUUGUGGGAAUCAAAAGGUUGUCUACUUCCCGCGUGUUGCAAAGGUUGCAGAUGUUGUUUCUAUACUUAUGAGUAAUAGCCAUAAUGGUUUCCCUGUUAUAGAUCAUACAAGAAGUGGAGAAACGCUUGUCAUCGGACUUGUACUCAGGAGUCAUUUGUUGGUACUUCUACAGUCAAAAGCAGAUUUCCAGCACAGUCCAUUGCCCUCUGCUUUAAGAGGUCGCUCUUUACCUAUCAGACACAGGAUAUCGGAAUUUGUGAAACCUGCUUCCAGUAAAGGAUUAUCUAUACAUGAUAUCCAUCUUAGUCAUGAUGAUCUGGAAAUGUACAUAGAUCUCGCUCCUUUUGUGAACCCAUCUCCUUAUAUCGUGCCAGAUGACAUGUCCUUAACAAAGGUCUAUAAUCUCUUCCGCCAACUUGGUUUGAGGCAUAUAUUUGUUGUUCCUCGUGCUUCUCGCGUUCUUGGUGUGAUCACCAGAAAGGAUUUGCUAAUUGAGGGUGAUGAGGAUUCGUCUGCAGUUGAGCUACAAUCGGCCAGUGUAAGGUCUCAACGUGACAAAAGAUUAUCCAAAAGGAAUGCAGAUGUUGAGCCUCCACUACUUGAUGGUCUGCUGGGAUAAUAUAAUAUUAGAUUCUGCUAACCAAUCUUUAAUAAACCAUCUGCUUCUAUUCUUUUGUCACAGUGAGGUAUGAUUCUUUAAUCAGUCUAGGAUAUAGGAAUAGUGUAUAGAGAGCAUUCCUUGUAAAAUCCCUCGGCCAUCAGGGCUGAGCCACACACAUCUACUUUCUCUUGCAAGUUGAACAAUCAGCAAGUAAAAGAGUUGAGAUAGUUGUAGAGAAAAGGAGAACAUGUAAAAACAAUUGGUCCUUUAUAUAGUACGGUUUACAUGAAAAUCACUUUAUCAGUUUUGAAACCCAAUGGGGCUUUGAGUGUUUAGCAUUCUGUAUUGAUUUCUGAAGUCUGGUUGUACUUUUUGAACAUUUGUAGUUGUGCAAAUUUUUUCAUGGGAUUUGUUCAAAUAAA